AUGGAGGCGGGGGCGGCCCCCGCACACCAACCGCAGCCGCCCGGCCCUCACCAGAGCCAGGAUGAUGGACUCUCGGUUUGCACCAAGCUGUGCUAUGGAAUCGGGGGAGCUCCAAACCAGGUGGCUACGAGUGCUAUUGCUUUCUAUCUACAGAUCUACUUGCUGGACAUAGCACGGAUUUCUCCAUAUCAGUCCUCUCUGGUGCUCUUCCUUGGGAAAGUCUCCGGUGCGGUCGCCGACCCUCUUGCUGGGUUUUUUAUCAACAAAAGCAAGUGGACGAGAAUAGGCCGACUCAUGCCUUGGUUGCUGGGCUGCACACCUUUCACUAUGAUUUCGUACUUUUUACUGUGGAAUCUGCCACCAUUUACAACCUACCGAGGCCUUUGGUACAUGGCCUUCUACUGCUCCUUCCAGGCGUUAGCCACGUUUUUCCACGUGCCGUAUUCUGCUCUCACAAUGUUCCUCAGCCCAAACCAGAAGGAGAGAGAUUCAGCCACCGCUUACCGGAUGACCAUGGAAAUGCUUGGGACACUGAUAGGAGCCACUCUUCAGGGCCUGAUUGUUGCCAGGGUUCACGUCUCCCACAACUGCACUGAUUCCCUGAACUCUACCUCAGAUACCUCCCUGCCGCUUGCUGUGCCACCCGAAGCGAAUGAAGUCUACAUGACUGCGGCUGGAAUCAUAGCUAGCACCUAUUUAUUAUGCGUGAGCACGCUCUUCUUUGGAGUCAAAGAAAAAGAUGAUCCGUACGCUUUGUUGGCCCACCAUAAUCUCACCUUCUUCAAAGGAAUCAAACUCACCCUGAAGCACAUGCCAUUCGUGAUUCUGGUGACAGCAUUCCUAUUUAUCUCAGCAGCUGUCCAGGUGGAACAGAGCUAUUUUGUCCUCUUUUGUACCCAUGCCACAAAGCUUCAUGGUCAUUUCCAGGAUUUAGUGCUGGUUAUAUUGGUAUCAGCCGUGCUAAGCACUCCGUUUUGGGAAUGGUUUCUGCAGAAGUUUGGCAAGAAAACCGCGGCCUGUGGAAUUUCUUGCAUGGUGCCCUUUGCAGUCCUGCUGGUUAUUGUACCCCAUCUGGCUGUGGCUUACGUCGUAGCAUUUAUGUCUGGAGUGAGCAUCUCGGCAUCUCUGCUGUUGCCAUGGUCAAUGCUGCCGGAUGUUGUGGAUGACUUUAGAGUUGAGAAUCUUAACAUAAGGAGGCCGGAGACCAUCUUCUACUCUUCUUACGUCUUCUUCACCAAGCUGUCUGGGGGCUUCGCGCUGGGAAUUUCUACCCUGAGUUUGGAGUUUUCUGGGUACAGGUCGGGGGCGUGUAAGCAGUCCCAGGAAGUUGCGGUCACCCUCAAAGUCCUGAUUGGAGCCGUCCCCACUCUCAUGAUCCUCAUAGGCUUGUCCAUACUCAUGUUCUACCCGAUCACGGAAGAACGGCGCAGAAAGUCGGCCCAAAACCUGGACUUGUUGAGAAAGAAUGAGCGGGAACCGGAGAACCCCAACAAGAGCCUGGAGGCUGUGGGGGUCAGCCAUCUAGUCCCCCAAGACCCGCAGUAACAGAGCGAGAAACUUCUGAUUUUUCAGUCUCUUGCCGAAGCCCAAGGAGAGACUGUGCUUCUCAAGCUCUUUUGCCCACGGUCCUCACCCUCAGAGAAGAUGGCAUGAGCGGGAAAACUUAGCUACCAGCAGCUCGUCAAAAGUGAGCAUCAAUCCCGUGGUCCCCCACCCUUCUGACAAUCUGGUGUUGACCGCUUCUCUCUUUGGAAAGUUUGAACCAGACUCUUUCAAUGUUCAGUACAAGUCACCGCCUGAGCACAGUGUGUUUCGGGGCACCCUCCACCCGCCCUGCCUCAGUGGUACCGCUCAGUUGGAGGAGUAAGGGGCAGGUAUUGCUUGUAUUUACUUGAGCAGUUGAAGGGCCAUUCCAAAUGUGCUAAAGGAAAGGGAUGGGAAAGUCUGAACAACUAUGGUCUUUUCGUUGAUCAUUUGCACCUUUAGGACUAAAGGAUGUCAAGUUUGGAGCCAGUGGUAGUUUAGCC